AAGUUGCUCGAACUAGAAUUUGCGUUUCAUUACAGAAUCGUGAUUUCAUGUGGGUUAAACAUUACUUAUUGUCAUUCGGACGCAUUUUCAAAAAACGAUAGGCAAUACUCCGAAAAAGUGUUAGAUUCGUUACUAUACAUUUAUGUUCCGGCCGCAUUUUUUAAUCCGAUUCAUGAAGUUGAUCUUAAUCAAAAAUUAACCAUACGCUCAUACUAA